GCUUCCGGACUGACUUGAUUUCCUGUUUGUAAGAUUCUGACGCUACCACAGGAGGAGGAGCAGUAAAGUUAACUGUGACUUUUACUUAGCUUGGAUCGGCCUUAAUAAUUUAAUAACUUAAGGAGUGUUAGAAGCCACUAGGCAGAACUGCGGUACUUUAGACUACCCAGGUCUUCCUGCUGAUGUUGUGUGGCCAGCAGUAACAGUAAGGGGGUCGUGGGCAGAUAAACAGCAUGGCUCAGUGUUUACGACAGGAGCCCCUGACAGCCCAGCAGCUUAAACGUCUGGCAGAACAUAAAUACAGCGCCUCUGGUCGUUCCUUGCUGGAGCCCCCUCUGCAGAUCUUUUGGAAUUGGGUGGUGGAGCACAUUCCACUGUGGUUGGCACCAAAUACCAUCACAAUCAUUGGGCUGCUAGUCAACAUAAUCACUACUCUCGUCCUAGUUUACUACUGCCCCACUGCCACAGAGGAGGCACCCUGUUGGGCAUACCUGUUGUGUGCAGUAGGACUAUUUGCUUACCAAACAUUGGAUGCUAUUGAUGGAAAACAAGCCAGAAGAACAAACAGCAGCUCACCUCUUGGAGAACUGUUCGACCAUGGUUGUGAUUCUCUGUCGAUAGUGUUUGUCGGUGUGGGAACAUGUAUAGCCGUUCGACUUGGAACUUGUCCGGACUGGAUGUUUUUCUGCUGUUUCAUUAGCAUGUUCAUGUUUUACUGUGCACACUGGCAGACUUAUGUAUCAGGAUCAUUAAAGUUUGGCAAACUUGAUGUAACUGAGCUGCAGGUGUCUGUUAUGAUUAUCUUUACCUUGUCUGCAUUUUGUGGCGCAGAUCUGUGGGAUUAUGAGCUCCCGUACUUAGGAUUGACCAUGAAAGCUUUCCCAGUCAUUGGAAUCAUUGGUGGAGCUGUACUUUCCCUUUCCAGCUACUUCCAUGUCAUCUUUACCGGCGGAAUUGGUAAAAAUGGGUCAACAAUAGCAGGUACAAGUGUGUUAUCUCCCGGUCUUCAUAUAGGCCUAGUUAUACUGUUGGCAGUGAUGAUAUACAAAAAGUCCACCACACAGCUAUUUCAGCAGCACCCGUGCCUCUACGUUAUCACAUUUGGAUUUGUGAGUGCCAAGAUCACAAAUAAACUAGUCGUGGCACAUAUGUCAAAAAGUGAAAUCUUUCUUCAAGAUACUGCAUUCAUUGGCCCGGGACUUCUGUUUUUGGACCAGUACUUUAAUAGCUUCAUCGAUGAACAUUUUGUGAUCUGGAUAGCACUGAUCAUCUCAAUAUUCGAUUUUAUGAGGUACUGUGUUGGUCUUUGCAUACAGAUGGCAGAUUAUAUGAAUAUCCACAUCUUCAGUUUAACACCUCAAGCACCUGAACAGGUGCAAGUAAUCCCCUCUCCUUUGAGCUCUCAGAAUAACAUCGACUGAAGAGACUUGCGAACACUUGCCAUCUCUUGCUGUUGCUGGGAUAAAGAAGAAAAAAUACUUUAUACCUAUGUAUAGAUAAAUAUCUUUGUGUGCGUGUGUGUGUGUAUAUAUAUUAUCAUUAUUUUUUGAAUGGUAAUAGAUUUAAAAAUAUCAACUGUAAAACAAAAAGUCAUGUAUUAAGUUGGUCUGUUUUAAAUGCUCCUUGUUAUUCGGUCCAACAUAAAUUACCUGUGUUUAUUUUGAUAUACUUUACAAAUAGUUGAAAUUCCAAUAUCUACUUUUUUUUUUUGCAUAGCAGGCUGUUACUCAUUUACUGCAGGAAAUCUGUUACUACACAAUGUUACUAUGGAAAAUCUUAAGUGGGAUACAACUAUAAAUGACAUUUUGCAGUGUUGCACUUA